AAAAAAAUUUUGUAUUUUUUAAAAAAUGGGAAAGAUAAAAAAAUCUAAACCAAAAUCUAAGUCAACAAAUAUCAACCAAGGUAUAUUUUUAAAUAAACAAGUUGGGCAACAUGUAUUAAAAAAUCCUCUAAUUUUACAAACCAUUGUUGAUAAAGCUGCAUUGAAAUCAACAGACAUAGUUCUUGAAGUUGGUCCUGGAACUGGUAAUUUAACAAUUAAAUUGCUUGAACAAUGCAAAAAAGUUGUUGCCUGUGAGCUUGAUACACGACUUUCAGCAGAAUUGAUAAAGAGAGUUCAAGGAACACCAUAUCAAAAUAAACUUGAAAUAAUACAUGGAAAUGUAUUGAAGAUUGAUCUUCCUUAUUUUGAUGUUUGUGUUGCUAAUUUGCCUUAUCAAAUUUCAUCCCCAUUUAUUUUCAAGCUUUUACUUCAUCGUCCAAUUUUCAAAUACGCAGUAUUAAUGUUCCAAAAAGAAUUUGCACAAAGAUUAACCGCAAAACCAGGUGAUAAAUUAUAUUGUCGUCUUUCUGUCAACACUCAGAUUUUGGCCAGGAUUGAUCACUUAAUGAAAGUUGGCAAGAACAAUUUUAAACCUCCGCCUAAAGUGGAGAGCAGUGUUGUACGAAUUCAACCCAAAAAUCCAGCGCCGACGAUUAACUUUCAGGAAUGGGACGGCUUACUCAGAAUCGCUUUCAACCGGAAAAACAAAACUUUAUCUGCCAUAUUUAAGCAGUCAGGCAUACUCAGUCUCAUCGAAAAGAAUUAUGGUGUCCAUUGCUCGUUUAACAAUAUACCCGUACCUAAAGAUUUUAACAUGAAGGAUUUUGUCAUAAAAUUGUUGGAGGAUAAUGACUUUGCUGCUUCACGAGCGAGAACGAUGGAAAUAAACGAUUUUUUGGGACUUCUACAGCUGUUCAAUAACAAUGGUAUACAUUUUGGCUGAGCAUGGUGAAGAAAUAUAGAUGGGGACAUUUAUACUUUUUAUUAUAUAUAAAAUGAUCAAUAGAACGAAUAUGUCGCGAUAUGAUAAUAUUAUAUAUUGCUUGGUUAUGAAUAAAAUAUUGUUAAAACAUACCUAGUUAUAAAAAAAAUAUUUGUACUCAAUAUUUGUUUUUUUUUACCUCUAAUUUAUUAACUAAUUGUAUAUUAUAUAUUAAAACA